UAGUGUCACGGUAAAUGACAUAGGAUGGCUUAACUUGGGGAUGAUGGACGAUGGUGAAUCCGGAGGAGGGAGGACGUGAAGAAGAACACGCACAAAACACGCUAGAACAUCCAGAUCUAUUCAGGUUCGGAGCCCUCUUGCCGAGCUCUGCAUGAAUAAACGCUUAGGAGCCUUCAAAGGGCUGUUGGGCAUGUAUAAGAAGUUGGAGGCAUCGCACGAGGCCUUGAAGGUGGAGCGCGAGAGCCAGACCAGAGAUAACGCUCAAGUGGAAGAGCUGUUAAAAUGCGUCUCUGAGCUACAAGAUGAGAAGACUCGGCUAGCCGAGCAACACCAGAAGGAGAUCUCUCAGCUGCAGGCUGAGAUCACUGCGCAAGCCAAGGCGCAUAAGACUGAGGUGAACCAACUCACCUCGGCCCUCUCUGCUCGAGAGGAUGAGAAGACCCGUCUGGAAGACGAGGUCAAGAAAAGCAGAGAGGCCGUUGCCGCACUUGAGACUCGCGGGACAGUCGCCGAGUUGGAGGAUGCCGAGAAGGCGGGCCUGAUCAAUGCUCUCCAGCGUGACAUUAUCAAAAUUUAUACCAUGCUGACAAAAUUCUUCCCCUUAUCCGUCAAGCAUGCCGAAGCUACCGUGACAAAGGCUCGCAAAAAGAGGGACUUGGAAGUGGCGGCGGGGGCGCCAUUUGAGUGGGACUUGGAGGACCACCUGGUGAGCAUUGCUUGCCGGGUGAAGCCUCUCAAGUCCUUCGGCAUUGACAUGGUGGAUGCUUGCCUCCAGCUCUUCAAAGCUUUGUGGCCCGGGGAAGAGGUGCCUGUGGAGAUCCCGGACUUGGCAAGGCGGCUGUCCGAGGGCCCGACCUGCUGGAUGAGUGGCGAGAAUCUGCUGCACGUGUCGGAGCCGACGAGGCUUUGUCGUUCGUACUCUUCUGGUACGGCGGCAUUAACCUCGAUGUGCUCCAGACUAUGCACGCCGACUCCCGUUAUCUCUCGGACCCGGAGCUGGUGGCUAAGCGCCGGGAAAGGGCAUAUUCCUUCAUACCAUAUGCCGACGUGCAUAAGUUUGUAGAAGGCCCCCUCUCUGACGCCGAUGCCAAGAUGAUGGAUGGGGAGGAAGAAACAGAGGAUGAGGAAGCCGCUGUUGAGUCAGCCUCCUCCGAGCCGAGUUCCGGCACCAAUAACCCGGCUGCAUCGUCGUAGGGUGCUUUAAAAGAAACUUUAGAAUAGUUAGAUCCCCGGAAUGCCGGGUGCAAAUGUAACCGACAUACUCCUGUUUGUUAAGUACCAAGUUCUCAUUUUA